AUGGAGGAAAAAAAGGAGUGGCCUCUAAAGCUGGUGUGGAGUUCCCCAGUUCUUCCAAAAGUAGGAGUCUUUACCUGGCUUGCUCUGAAAAAGCGCAUCCUAACAGGCGAAAGAUUGAGCAGAUUAGGGUUCUUGGGCCCUUUCAGAUGUGUAAUGUGUAAGAAGGCAGAUGAAUCCCUGGACCACUUGCUCUUACAAUGUGAGGAAGCACAAAUGGUAUGGAAUUUCCUGUUAGGGAAGUUAGGCUGGCAAACUCCCCUUCCUAAUUCAGUCUUUGAACUUCUCUCUAGCUGGAAUAUACAGAGUCACAUAUCAGUCUUCUCUAGUGUCUGGUUAGUGGCGCCAUCCCUUGUAGUAUGGGAGAUUUGGAAGGAAAGGAACAGAAGGAUAUUCCAAGAGAAAGAGGAAUCAUCGGCGAGCUUGUUAUCAAGGGUUGAAAGAGAAAUAUCAGAAUCAGUGUCAGCAGCAGCUAGAAAUCAUAGCUUAACAAAAUAUCCUUAUUCCAGUGAAGACAAUUUUAUCCAAGCAAACUGGCCACUUGUGAAUUGCCAACCCGUUAAUGGGUCCUGGAGGGUUAGUCCCCUUUCGGAACCAACAAAAGAUGAGGUUAAAUGGGAACCGCCAACAAAGGAGUAG